AUGGGCGAGGUCAUCGGAGACGAAGGGAACAGUAAACAAGAAGGUCUCCUUCUUGGGCCAACAGUGAACUUGUAUCGUCCUCCUUUAAGCGGCAGGAACUUUGAAGCGUGUUUAGAGGAUCCGGUACUUUCUGGAAUUCUUGCCGCGGCCUUUGUGAAUGGUGUCCAGUCCAAGGGAGUCUCAACCUGUCCGAAGCAUUUCGUCGGAAAUGAAUGUGAAACUGAAUGCAAACUUUCUAAUACAAUCGUUGCUGAGAAUACCCGGCUCGCCAAUUACCAUGCCAUGGAUAGCCGAUGUCGACGCUAUCAUUCAAUGAUGGUACGCCAUACAGAAUUCGAUUUCAGUGGUCUUGCACUGAAGCGGAAGUGUGGCGCUGAGCCUACUGACGCGGAUGGCUCGACAAAUGUCACAGACACUGGAUCUCGAUCCGGUCGCGAGGUUCUACAGAUCUACUUUGAUGGAGUCCUGAAGGGAUCCAAUAAGGUCUUCCUCGGCCCGGAGAGACACGGGAGCUUGUAG